UCAUCUCCGCGCCUAGAACGUUAAUGUAAGGUUCAUAACGGUUUCCCGGAACGUUUCGACGGUUCGCAGUUUGAGAAAACUUCAAUGGAGCACGGUAAUGGAGAUAACGUUCACCACGACUGGUCGACGGAGCAGCGAGUGGACGGCUUGGUGAACAAACACAUGGCAGACAUCGCUCUGGAAGCCCUGCAGCAACGGCUGUCCGCGGUGUCCGACGAGAUGCACAGUCUGGCCCAACAUGUCUCCAGACGCUCAGGGGAGGAGUUCAAAGACGAGCCGCGGCGAGGGGACGUCAGCUUCGGCGUGGAGCCGUCGCUCUCCUGCGGCUCCGGAGCGGCUGCUUCAUCCCCAGAGACUACUGCUCAGCGAAAGAUCAUCGCCCUGCUGGUGGAAAUCAAAGAGGAACAGCUGAGGCAGCGGGCAGUGCUGAGGAAUAUUCAAGCCCGACUGCAGGGUCACACCACCUACAGUGAAGAGAAUGUGGAGGCUCUGGACAUGGAUCUCCCUGUGAGGACCCUCGAGCAGCUGGAUGCGAUGGAGACACAGCUGGAGGACCCGGGGACGCAGAAGAGAAUGGUGUCUUACCUUUCGCGGUUGGGCGGAGCUACAGUCGAUGAUGCUGUGAGACGUCUCAUGAAAGCUGUGCUUUCAUUUGCUGUUGGUUCUGAGUUGAACUGGGUGGGUCGUGGACAGAAAAGGAGCUUCAAAAACACCCGCCUCCAAGGGGUGCUCUUUUGCGCUCUGAAGCGAACGCCGGUGGGUAAGGAGGCCACCCAUCACCAGUACGCUGAUGUGGUGAAGAGAUGGCUGCGGUUUGCGCCGUUCAGACAGGGAGGGACUGGGCGCCGCUGCUGGAAGCCUCCUGUGGACAGUCCACAUUCUCCAGAAACGGACAAUUUUAACCAAAGCUGCACAAACUGAUCUGUGUCUCACUUACCAGUUAUCUCAAGACACCUAAACACAAGGGUUUCUAUUCCAGGGUAAGAUAUUUACAAAAUAACAAACGGUGUGCAUGGAAAGACUUUUUUUUAAUGAUCGCAAUAUAAAGACACCUGCACACUAUACUUUUUUUUUUUUUUUUCUUCAUCCACUGCACAAAUGUACCCUUUCUCAGACAUGCACACCUUUCCACUGAUCUAAAAGUGUUGACCUCAUGUUGAAAUGUGUCAUGAUGUCAUGAUGGUAAUCUCACUAGGUCAGACUUUGUAACAUCUACGUAUCAACAAAGUACAAAUGAAAAUGAAAUGCAUGCAGUCACAUUAAUAGAAAGGCACGCACAAGCCACAUACUUGGAGUUGUGUGAAGGGACUCGGGGAAGACCUCCACAUUUCACUACCAAUAUUGGUUCGAAAACAUCACAGAGAGCGAGAGACACAGUUUGAUGCCAAAAUCACAAAACAUUUCACAUUCACAAUUUCUCUGUUACACACUGAAAUAUCCAUUAAAAAUAAAGUUCACUGCGAUGAAGACAGAACAGGUCAGAUUAACGAGAGUCACUAAUAAUAAACAUAAUCCAGUGGGUAGUAGUAAUUUCAGUGUUUAGGAGAUAAGUAUAUUAGGCUAUUAGUUAUCUGGACAGAUUGAUAAGCUACCGUUAGUUUAGAUUUAGCCUUUUCUUUUUUUUUUUUUAAAUUUGUACGAUAUUUUGUGUUACACAUCACUUGAUGUACCGUCCAAACUUGUGUUAAUGACAAAUAUUGUGCACAUGUCAUGUCUCCCUCUACGUCAAGGGAGUGUCCGAAUAGAGACAUGAGACUUUUAUGUAAAAGUGACCUAUGUUUGAAUGCCAAAAUGCCAUCACUUUAACAGCUUGAUGUUAAAGCAUUGUUAUAUGUCCUACAUUUAAAAAGGGCUUUAGAAUAAAACCACUGUAUCGUUUC